AUGGAUACUUCUAAACAUGAAGAUAACAAGCUACUAAUAAACUGUACUUUAUCAAAAUUUGGUGAUUUGCAUUUUGUAUUUUCAAAUGCAGGGAUCGGGGGAAAUACACCUUCUCAUGAAUUAGAAAUAGACGAAUGGCAAAAUGUUCUUGAUAUGAAUUUAACUGGCGUUUUCUCAUUAAAUACGCUAGCAAUUAAUUACUACUUAGAGAAUAAAAAGACGGAGUCAUCGUUAAUACUGGAUUUAUUAUGA